CCAGCCCCUCACAGCCAUUCGCUGCUUCUCGAAAUAAUCAACGGUCAUUCAACAAAGGCAGGCUGGAGUAACACGGACAAUAACGGGGAAUCCCGUUUUUAAAUGACCACUUAACCAUCCAACAACAAUCUAUGUCAAGACUACCGACGGAUCACAUCUAACUGCCGUGUCUUCUGUCUCUAGCGUUGGACCACAGUGACAGUGCAUACCUAAUCUAAAUCAGUAUAUCGUCUAAAUUAACCAAGACCGACAUCCAAAAAUGGUUCAGAAUACCACCCCAGAAGUCACUGGCUUCCACCGCUCUUUUAAUGUCCAAAACCCUUUUAAUUCUGAAGAUUAUACCAAAACAGACUCUAGUCUCCACGAGUCAAACUUACAUUUAGAUUGUCCCCCAAGACCUGACAUGCCAGCCAGCCAGCCUAUUAACAUCCCAGAUGCCAAGAAGAGGACCAAGAAGAAGAAGAGAUGCAGGGUCACCGACAGUUUCACUGGACGAUUCCAAGAUGUGUACGUGCUGCAGAUGGAGGUGCUGGGCGAGGGGGCCUAUGCUGUCGUCCGGACCUGUAUCAACCUCAUCACCCAGAAGGAAUAUGCUGUCAAGAUCGUCGAGAAGCGUGCGGGUCUCAGUCGGAGCCGAGUCUUCAGGGAAGUGGAGAUGCUUUAUCAGUGCCAGGGACACAGAAACAUUCUGGAGCUGGUCGAGUUCUUUGAGGAAGAAGACAAAUUCUACUUGGUUUUUGAGAAACUAAGAGGAGGGUCAGUGUUGACCCACAUCCACCGUAGACAACAUUUUAGUGAGCAGGAGGCCAGUUAUGUGGUGCAGGACAUCGCCAGUGCUCUGAACUACCUCCACAACAAGGGAAUGGCGCACAGGGACCUGAAGCCUGAAAACAUCCUGUGUGAGCACGGAGACCGGAUGUCACCAGUGAAGAUCUGUGAUUUUGACCUGGGCAGUGGCAUCAGACUGAACAGUGACAGCUCUCCUAUCUCUACACCUGAACUCAUCACUCCGUGUGGUUCAGCAGAGUACAUGGCUCCAGAGGUAGUGGAGGCCUUCAGUGAGGAGGCUACGAUCUAUGAUAAGCGCUGUGACCUGUGGAGUCUGGGGGUCAUCCUGUACAUUAUGCUGAGUGGGUACCCUCCCUUCGUAGGGCGCUGUGGCACCAACUGUGGCUGGGACUGGGGAGAGCCCUGCCAGGAAUGCCAGAACAUGCUGUUUGAGAGCAUUCAGGAGGGGAAGUACGAGUUCCCUGAGAAGGACUGGAAGCAGAUCUCCUCUGGAGCUAAAGACCUCAUCACCAGACUUCUGGUCAGAGAUGCCAAGAACCGCCUCAGUGCUGCUCAGGUCCUGCAGCACCCCUGGGUCCAAGGGUGUGCUCCCAACACCGUGCCCUCCAGGAUGAACCACAGAGGCAGCAGAGCCCAGGACCUGACCUUCUUCGCCGGCCAGGCUGUGGCCGUCACCCGCCAGCUAGCUGAGCAGGACGAGAGCGACCGUCAGGAGAGAGAGGACCUCAACGAAGAUUCUGAGGAAGAAGGGUCGUUGGGGUCCCUCUCUCUGUCCCCCUCGCCCCACCACAUGGCUACCAGCACCACUGCCAGCUGCAGCCUCAGCCCCCAGAGCUCCCUGCGCCCCCUCUCCCCCUUGUCCUCUCGGCUGGCCCGGCGAAGGAGGAGAGGGCCCCCCCACACAGGGCCAGUGUGUGCCUCGGAGCUCCGGCAGCUCCUUGCCCCCCUGGUCAUCAUGGAGGACUGUGUCUGAAACCUCUAAUAAUCGUUAAACUGACCGACCAACUGCAAAACCUAACCUGAUAAUGCUCCUGAAAAAUUCAUAGCUCAUCUCCUCCUCUCACCUCUUUUCCCCCUCUACCCCCUCCCAUCAUCUUUCUCAUCACUAAGCUACACCUGCAAAUACCUCAGUGGCUUGGAUGAUGAUGGGGUCGUGGUCUUCGAAGCACUUAAAGAAGCACAUUGACCCUAUGCCUAAUUCAAAGGAGGGAGGUAGGGGAAAGGGAUUUUGAAGGCACAAAAAAAAACAAAAAAACAACUACAAUUGAAACAAGCUCCCACACCAAAGGACCAAUGGCUGCUACUGCUGAUGUUCCACGCGCUGUACUCAGAGGAGCUGGGUCAUCCCACUUUGAAUUGAAAACUUCAUCAACCAGCUUCAUCAGAUACACUAAAGACACCAGGAUGGAUCUACUAACUAGAGGGGGUAUACUGCAAAGUGGGUUCAAUGAGUUAGCCAGAUAACUUUGAUAAGCAAGUCGAAAUAGACAUUGAUUUUUUUUGUUAAUAUUUUUUUUAAAUAAAGCUAAACUUGGAUAUGUUUUUUUGUUUGUUAAAUCAAAUCGACAUGCUGUUUUUCAAGCUUAUCUUUCUACAAAAUAAAAAGGAAUCAGAAUAUGUAGGCACGUUAGCUGGCUAACUCCUUUAUAGUAUACCCCUCAGGACCUUCCCUCUCCUUCAGUCUACGAGGGUGGGAUGGCCCACCUAUCCAGCUAGCAUCAGUGUUGUAACGCACUUAUCCAAACUCACUGAGUGGCUCACUCAAACCCUUCCUGCUUGUUGUAGUGGGAGCUCAGGUGGCCUGAUAACCGGGCCCGGCCGAUAGGCUAGCUAACUCUUUACGAGGCAGCUAGGCUAGCUAACUCUUUACGAGGCAGCUAGGCUAGCUAACUCUUUACGAGUCAGCUAGGCUAGCUAACUCUUUACGAGGCAGCUAGGCUAGCUAACUCUUUACGAGGCAGCUAGGCUAGCUAACUCUUUACGAGGCAGCUAGGCUAGCUAACUCUUUACGAGGCAGCUAGCCUAGCCAAGUCUUUACGAGGCAGCUAGCCUAGCCAAGUCUUUACGAGGCCGCAAGGCUAGCCAAGUCUUUACGAGGCCGCAAGGCUAGCCAAGUCUUUACGAGGCCGCAAGGCUAGCCAAGUCUUUACGAGGCCUCUAGGCUAGCCAAGUCUUUACGAGGCCUCUAGGCUAGUCAAGUCUUUACGAGGCCGCUAGGCUAGCCAAGUCUUUACGAGGCCGCUAGGCUAGCUAACUAUCUAGUACCUCCUCAUUGCUGGGACUUUACACACCAACACAAAGUCCAAACAACAUCUCACCUGUUAUCAUUAUUUCUGCCCCUUGACCACUGCUGUUGUGGUGGUAAUAUCGAUCUGAGAUCUGAGCCGUUCUGAUUUGACAUGUUGUGCUCACUGACUGGCUGCAUCACAAGUGGCAUAUAGGGAAUAGGAUGCCGUUUUGAUGCAGUCAUUGUUGCUGACUGUAAUAGGAAGACAUGGACCCUGCCAAAGUAGCCUGAGCUCUUAGGGCUGGUUCCCCCUGGCACAAGUUAAACUGAGCCGGACCUGGACUAAAAUUCACUUCAAAUGGAGAAUCCUUUAGACAUGUUUCUUAGUCCAGGACUAAGUUUAAUUAAUCUGUGUCUGGGGAAACAAGCCUUAAAUUGGUCUGAAUCCAAGAGAGAGUCCCAGCAACGAAGGUACUUAAAACUUUAACACAAACUGUUUUCCAGCAGAUACCUCAGGACCUAGAAAUAUAUAUAUAGAGAGAGCUGGGGGGGGACUUCACCAGGUAUCAAUACAACUGUUAUUGACUCACCAGGUAUCAGCCAGGUAUCAAUACAACUGUUAUUGACUCACCAGGUAUCAAUAGAACUGUUAUUGACUCGCCAGGUAUCAAUAGAACUGUUAUUGACUCACCAGGUAUCAGCCAGGUAUCAAUAGAACUGUUAUUGACUCGCCAGGUGUCAGCCAGGUAUCAAGAGAACUGUUAUUGACUCACCAGGUAUCAGCCAGGUUUCAAUAGAACUGUUAUUGACUCGCCAGGUAUCAAUAGAAGUCAAAGGGAGACGAGGGGAGAGAGAGAUCCUCAGUUUUUCUUUACUUCAAUUCACGCGAUCAAAAGAUGUACAUUCUAAUAUUAUUAAGAGGUUUGAAAGGCCUUGGUAAUACUUGACAAUGGUCAUAAUCUGUCAUGUUGAUGACAAGUCAUUUAGUGAAUAAUCAAGGCCUUGGUUGUCCAGGUGACUGCUUUUUCAGUGUGUCCAGACGAGGCUCCAGCAUGGCUAGCUAGCUGGUAGUAUUCCAAGAAGACCAAAUGAACCACUUGUAGAGCGAAUGCCCAGGGCCAUGUGUUUUAGUCCCAUAUUAGGGCUAGUACUGUGGCUAUAACCAGCUGCCCAGAUCAGCCUAGUACUGUGGCUAUAACCAGCUGCCCAGAUCAGCCUAGUACUGUGGCUAUAACCAGCUGCCCAGAUCAGCUUAGUACUGUGGCUAUAACCAGCUGCCCAGAUCAGCCUAGUACUGUGGCUAUAACCAGCUGCCCAGAUCAGCCUAGUACUGUGGCUAUAACCAGCUGCCCAGAUCAGCUUAGUACUGUGGCUAUAACCAGCUGCCCAGAUCAGCCUAGUACUGUGGCUAUAACCAGCUGCCCAGAUCAGCCUAGUACUGUGGCUAUAACCAGCUGCCCAGAUCAGCUUAGUACUGUGGCUAUAACCAGCUGCCCAGAUCAGCCUAGUACUGUGGCUAUAACCAGCUGCCCAGAUCAGCCUAGUACUGUGGCUAUAACCAGCUGCCCAGAUCAGCUUAGUACUGUGGCUAUAACCAGCUGCCCAGAUCAGCCUAGUACUGUGGCUAUAACCAGCUGCCCAGAUCAGCCUAGUACUGUGGCUAUAACCAGCUGCCCAGAUCAGCCUAGUACUGUGGCUAUAACCAGCUGCCCAGAUCAGCCUAGUACUGUGGCUAUAACCAGCUGCCCAGAUCAGCCUAGUACUGUGGCUAUAACCAGCUGCCCAGAUCAGCCUAGUACUGUGGCUAUAACCAGCUGCCCAGAUCAGCUUAGUACUGUAGCUAUAACCAGCUGCCCAGAUCAGCUUAGUACUGUGGCUAUAACCAGCUGCCCAGAUCAGCUUAGCUCCGCUUAACUUUUGUAUAGGAAUGUCACAUGUUGCUAUAAAAUAAAAGUUACUAUCACAUGACCUAAAGCAACAACGAUAUGUUAUUUAAAGUUCUCAACAGUCUUUCUCAAAAUCUAAAUUGAAUUAAUUUUGGGGCCAAUUAGGGAAAGCAUUCCAAACAACAGAUCUUAAAGGAUAUGACGCAGAUGUGAAUGAUAAACCCAUACUUUAUAUUUCGGGGGGGGGUUAACUCCCAAUAACUCCUAGGGUUGUGUCCCAAAGGCACCCUAUUCCCUAUGCAGUGUACUACUUUAGACCAGAGCCCUAUGGCACCCUAUUCCCUAUGCAGUGCACUACUUUAGACCAGGGCCCAUAGGGCUCUAUGUGCACUAUACAGGAAAUAGGGUGCCAUUUGGGACGUUUCUCUACUAUACUGUGUCAGGCUGCUGUUUCUCCGGCUGUUAAGCUUCUGUUUUUACUGUUGUUUUAAAGUUUCUACAUUGUUGGUGGGAACAGACAGAGAGGUUCUGUGUCCCGGUUCAGAGAGAAUAGUUCUGUUAUUGAACUCUGUUGUUGAUGGGAACAGACAGAGGGGUUCUGUGUCCCAGUUCAGAGAGAAUAGUUCUGUUAUUGAACUCUGUGGUUGAUGGGAACAGACAGAGGGGUUCUGUGUCCCGGUUCAGAGAGAAUAGUUCUGUUAUUGAACUCUGUGGUUGAUGGGAACAGACAGAGGGGUUCUGUGUCCCGGUUCAGAGAAUAGUUCUGUUAUUGAUGGAACAGAGGGGUUCUGUGUCCCGGUUCAGAGAGAAUAGUUCUGUUAUUGAUGGAACAGUAUGUUGAGGAGGGUGGAGAGAUAAAUGAGAUGAAUAUGGUUAUUUAACUUCAGUGUUUCUGUCUAUCUUGUUCAGAUCAAACCACAAACUGUUUGCUUUAUGGUUUUUCUUUUGUGCUGGUAACGUCGUUGAACAACUGUGUGUCGCAGAAAUCUAUCGUAAGUGCCAUCUUAAAACAAGUCCAUCCGUUAGUUUCGACUUUUGUUUUAUCCUGAAUGUCUGAAUCUCUACCACAGUACGUCUGGGAAGACCCUAGUUAACACUGCCACACAGUUUCUGCUCUAACAUAGACCAGUCUAGCCCAAGUGAAGCCUUUCAUGUAGAAUCCAGGCGACAACCAGUCACCAGCAGCUUCAUAAGCAGUAGAAAAACAAGCCCCUCUGCUGUGUAUUGGACCGAGCCUGUCAGGAUAGAUGGCAGUGUAUUGGACAGAGCCCGUCAGGAUAGAUGGCAGUGUAUUGGAUAGAGCCUGUCAGGAUAGAUGGCAGUGUAUUGGACAGAGCCUGUCAGGAUAGAUGGCAGUGUAUUGGACAGAGCCCGUCAGGAUAGAUGGCAGUGUAUUGGACAGAGCCCGUCAGGAUAGAUGGCAGUGUAUUGGACAGAGCCCGUCAGGAUAGAUGGCAGUGUAUUGGACAGAGCCCGUCAGGAUAGAUGGCAGUGUAUUGGACAGAGCCCGUCAGGAUAGAUGGCAGUGUAUUGGACAGAGCCCGUCAGGAUAGAUGGCAGUGUAUUGGACAGAGCCCGUCAGGAUAGAUGGCAGUGUAUUGGACAGAGCCCGUCAGGAUAGAUGGCAGUGUAUUGGACAGAGCCUGUCAGGAUAGAUGGCAGUAUGUUGACCCUGAAAAGUAGGACUGACCUCUAAGAAGUAGGACUGACCUCUGAGAUGUAGGACUGACCUCUGAGAAGUAGGACUGACCUCUAAGAAGUAGGACUGACCUCUGAGAAGUAGGACUGACCUCUGAGAAGUAGGUCCCAUUUGAGUCCCCAUACAGAGAAAGGCCCAAGUAUAUUUUUGCUAUGAUAUACAUCAUAUUCCUAACUCCAACUCUAUUUUUCUAACGUGUGGGUAGGCUCAUGUAAAGCCUGUUUUCAAAUGAAACAUGAUGAAGCCUUUGAUAAUAAUAUGGUAUAAUUCAGUUCAUGUUCCCUCGUUGCUAAGAUACAACCCUCACUGUUGUUGUCAGUCAGUGACAAUCUGCCUGAUGGGUAGCCUGAAAUCCAGGAAGUACUAACGUUCCACUCCUCGCCACUGUUUGGCAUGACAAGGAUUGGCAAGGAGUGGAAUGUUAAUACAAGAUUACUGUGUUUUCAGCCUACGUGGCGGUCAGGCUGUUGGAAACCGUUCAAAACCUCAAAUAGUGUCAGAAUGAAUGUGAAACACUUUUAAAUAAUGUUUUUAGUUUUGAACAAGUCCCUGAAAAGUCAACGCCUUGAUUUAAUUGAACCUGCGUUCAUUUUUUUCAUCUGAAAAUGGAACUAGCAAAUCUAUCCAGAUGUUUUUAUUUUAUUUUUUUACUUUCUUUUGGCGCAAUGCAUUUUUGGUUAUGACCCUCACUGACAUUCUGUUCAGUUGUAGUGGCCCCUAGUCUGUUCUGGGGCUCGUCAGUCGGUCAUUUUGAUCUUUCUGUUUGGUCCACUGUGUGCUUGGUUCAUUCAGCAGCCUGUAGACGCAUGUGGGGAGGGAACGAAAAUCGAACUGCAAAGCAGCGGAACAAUGGAUGUCAAAAAGCACUUUGUCAUGACAUACCUCUACUCAAACCAUUUUCUCUAAGCCGUUGCAAAACAAUUUUGUAUUGUACAAUUCUUUUUUGGGGGAAAAAAAUUGAAAUAAAUUUAAUCCACAGAGAAAAAGA